AUGAGUAAUCAGGGGCUGUAUGGGAAACUGGACCAGACAUGCGAUGUUCUGUCUACCAAACUAAUCGAACUCGUUAAAUUGUCAUCAAUCGACGGGCCCGAGGGCGACGGUUCUGACGCUGCACUCUCAGAGGCCUCGAUUGCCACUACGGGGGUCAUGUUGGUCAACAGUCAGACCAUGCAGUUGAUCAAGCGUGUGCAGGACCUAUUUAUCCUAACAAGAAGUAUCCGCGAGAAAUGGUUGCUGAAUCAGAUCCCAGAACGGUCCACACAACAGGGCGUAGGCCCAGCAGAACUCGAGCAAUUGCUCGACCAGUGUAUGCAGCAGAUCGCUGGUGAUACGGAUGUCGAAUUGAACAGGCCAUUGGGCUGA